AGAGGAGAUUGAGAGUAUCUGUGAUGAUCCUUUGUGAUUGCUCUGCCAGUUCUGUUAACGUUUCCAUUAUUUGUGCCCGCCCUUUUCAGCUGGUUGCUACCUUGCCUGAGCAUGUUCAGCCCGGGCCUGACUUUUAUGGGCUUCCCUGGAACCCUGUGUUGUUUACUGUCUGUCUGGGAAUCGUUUCGUUGCCCAUUUUCUUCUGGAGGACGGUCCUUGCUGUGAAGGAGAGAAUAUACCAAGUCACUGAACAGCAGAUGGCUGAGAAGCUGAAGAAUACCACAAAGGACAAUGAAGAACUUGUCCAAAAGAUGUCAAGUUAUAAACGGAAGAUGGCAGAAUUCAAGAUGCUUAUUCUGAAGACCAAGGACAAGAGUUCUCAGCAAACAAUUAAAUACAAGGCUGAAAUCGAGGUUCUUCAAGAAAGAAAUCAGUUUCUGAUGGGUAUUGCCAAAACUCUUGGUGUUAUAUUCCAAUCUAAGAGGAAAAGAAACGUGCAAAAUCAGGAUUUGGAGGCCCCAGUUUCCUUCUUCAUUGGUUACAAUUCUUCUGAAGCGUGUUGGCUAGAUGACCCUUCACACUGCAGUGUGCUACUCGCUGACCCUCCAACUCAAUAUAACGGUGCCUCCAGUGAGUCGAAGCAGUGGGACCUCCGAAGGCUUGGCAAGUCACGGCGGGAUCCCGGCAAGUCACGGCGAGGCCCCGGCAAGUCACGGCAGAACCCCGGCCAGUGGCGGUGGAAGCCCGGCAAGCUAGAGCAGGAAGCUGAAGACCGCAAGAAGGUGCACGCUGAACUCAGCGAGGAAAUCAGGUCCUUAGAGAUCACUCAGAGGCAUCUGGAAGCUGCUCUGGCUCAUAAGGAUGAUAGAAUCGGUGCUCUGACCAACUGCAUCAUACAGUUGAAUCAGUUUGAGAGUGGAUCUCCAGGUCCAGGCAGAUGUGAGCCAGGUGAAUUAGCUGAUGGAGAAGUGGGAGGUGAGGAGAGUAAGCUGAAGAUUCGCAUUCACCAGCUGAUGGAUAUGUCCGGAACACAAGCGAAAAUAUCCGUGGUUCAGGAGGAUCUCAAACUCCUGCAAGUGAAGCUGAGAGCUUCCCUGUCUGCCAACGUUGACCUGAAAGACCAGAUCAAGAAGCUGAAUGAGGACUGUGACACGCUGCAGGCAGCCAAGCCCGGGCUGGAGGAGGAGUGUAGGAUGCUGCAGCAGAAGGUCGAGAUCCUGAAGGAGCUGUACCAAGAGAAGGAGAUGGAACUGCAGAAGCAGAGAACUCAUGAAAUCAAGCAAGAAUUACAGAAAACAGAGAGCUCAUUUAAAAACCAGCUUGCUAUUCAUGAGGAGAAAGCCCACGAGAACUGGGUCAUAGCCCGGCAUACUGAGCGCCUAAUUGCAGCGGAGAAGCGGGAGGCCGUCAGCCUGCGGCACAGGCUCGUGGAGAUGACCUAGAAGCUGGCUAUGCGUCAAGAGGAGCCUGUGAUCGGCAAGCCGAUGCCGGACCGGCCAGGAGUGCAGAAUGCACCCCGCAGAGAUCCCGGCCCCAGGCCUGUGGCCAACAGCGAUUCCCGCGGCUCCUCCCUGGCAAAGGGCAUGGACAAUGGCAAGGUGAGCAUGGCUGCGAAGGGUCCCCCAGCCUAUCCAGGGCCCCCGUUCCUGGGAGGCCCCAUGCCGCGCCUCGUGGACUAUGGACCUCCGCCACAGCCAAGGCUCUGCGGGCCUUUCGGGCCUCGGCCGAUGCCUCCGCCACGACCGCUGACAUUUGUCUCAUGCAUGGGCCCACCAUUGGGCUUAAGAGAAUAUGCGCGCAUCCUGCCCGGACGCUGCGACGUGCCGCUGCACCCCCGUGAGUUCUUGCCGGGACCUGUGCCAUUCAGGCCUCGAGGCCCGCUCAUUCCUGGUCCUCGAAUGCCAGCACCACCCGCCGGGCCCCUGGACUACCCACCGCCGCCUGCCGCAGGGGAGCCCCUGCUCUUGGAGCCCAAAGAGGCCCCAGCCUCACCGCAAAGCAGCCGAGAACCUGCCCACACUCUGAGGCAGAGUGCAUAAUGGCCUCACUAAUCACAGGGCCAAGGCUUUUAUUGGUUUUGGAGGCCCAGUUCAUUUUAAAAGGAUUUUAUUACUAACCUGCCUUGAACGGUGUACAUUUUCAAGCGAAACAAUACAGAAGUCUCAUCUUCCUAUCUAAAAAUUGCCUCUUAAGCUAGAGUGACGUUCCAAUUUUGAAAUGUGCAAUAAUGAUCCCUGUGUUUUAGUUAAUAUAGCAUAGGUAUGUACAAAAUGAUUCAGAAUGUCAUAAAAAUGACUAUUUCCUCUGGAAAUAGUUGAGGAACACAUAUUUCUGACUCAGCCCACGGAUCAAUCCAGAUCCGGGGGGCAGUUUCCUGGUGAAGGAACGGGGAUUGACAGAUGCAGAGUAGGAGACACAGAGCUGGAGAGAAGUCGAGGAAGUCCGAUCGAGGCUCAUUUAUUGAUAAAGUGGUUGCUGCUUUUAUAGGGCAGGAGCGGGUCAGUGGGACAGGAAGAGGCUAUGGGGUGAUCUCUGAGGGGGUCAUCGUCUCGUGGGUGUACAGGAUGUAAGUAGGAGAGGAUUAUGGUUAAUGUAUGCGCAUUAUGUGCCCAUAUGAGGGACAGGCGGGGAGACAGCAGCGGGGCGGUGACACCGCUCCCUACAUCUCCUCCCUUUCUAUAUCUUUUAAUCAGGAGUAUGGCAGGCCCUGUGAGGACAGCGCCUGUCUUAGGUCAAGGACCUCUUUACAUGAACCCAACCGGGCCUUACCCAUCAUGGGCUUGCAGGACAGCAGUUGGCCCUGUGCCUGUCUUAGGUGACCGGUGGUGUGGCAUGUAUGUCCUAGUUGCCCGUCUCUGGCUGUCUGUCCAUUGUCUCAGAGCAGUCAGGCCACAUCGUCAUAUGGGCCACUCAUGGGAAUUCUUUCCCGGUAGGUUUUUUGAUCUGCCAUCUCCAGCUGCUGAUAGUGUACCUGAAUGGGCUUUGCCAUGAACGCGUCUAUCCGGUUAUUAAUGAGCACCGUAAUCCUCUGAAAAAUACAAGGACCCACAGAGAGGAGAAGCAACAAGGCAGCUAGGGGCCCCAGGAAGGGUGCUAGGUAGGGGAAGAGCCCUCCCCAGAGCAUGGUUAGAGGCCAUUUGUGACAGGAGGUCCAAAUCCACCCUUGGUCAAGGGUGGUCCAAGGAGGUUCUCGAGAAGGCACCACGUAAUCCAUCGGUUUGGCAUUUUCUGUAAGGAAGCAGAAGAAGUUGCCUCAGGGUAUGUGUUUACUUCUGGGCCUUUUUUGAGUUAUUAUUAUUUGGCUCAUUAAUUUGCCUAACGAGGCAUUCGGGGAACCAUCUAGCCUCUUUGUCUUGGCGGGAGUAUAUGCACACUGAACCACGUCCCCAUAUGAGACAGGUUGUCAGGGCCGUGCCAUGAAUUAGUCAGGGAGUUCCUCCAUAGUACAGAAGCAAAUUGCUUUUGUGUUUCAGUGUGCCAAUAACGCAUGGCUGCUGACUGUCCAGAAGCAUCCAAAUUUAAAAAAUUAAGGAUGGAUAAGGCAUGAGAUAGAAUAUUUCUGGGGGAUCCUUGGGUAGGGUACCAUGAUCCCCCUUUGACUUUAUCAAUAGUGAGUUUGAGAGAACGAUGUGCACGUUCAACAAUAACCUUGGCCUUGUGGAUUGUAAGGUAUUCCUGUUGUAUGGAGGAUGUUGAGGCACUUGCAGAAGUGGGCAAAGGAAGUGCUAGUAUAUCCAGGCCUAUUGUCGGUCUUAAGUGGAUGAGGGUUUCCAGGCACUGAUAAAGCUGACAGCAUGUGUGCAAUGAUAUGUUUAGUAGCCUCUCCGGUUUGGAGGGUGGCGAGGAUAAAGCCACUGUAUACAUCAACACUCGCAUGGACAUAUUUUAGGUUGCCACACUCUGGGAUAUGAGUGACAUUCAUUUGCCACAGGGCAUUGGGGACAAGGCCCCUUGGAUUAACCCCUAAGUGUUGCACGGGUAGGUGGAUAGCACAGGAUGGGCAGUCUUUUACAAUCUGUCUGGCUUGGUCAUCGGUAAUUUUAUGGAGGAGGGGAAGGGACUGGGCAUUAAGGUGGUGCAGCCAGUGAGUGUGUUGGGCGUCUAAGAUGUUUUGGUCUACCUUAUUGCCUGGGGGAUCAGAAUCUUGAAAAAAGAUCUGUGCUCGUGUGGCUAGAUCUGCAAGGUGGUUGCCCCUUGUUAGGGGACCAGGAAGGCCUGAGUGGGCUCUUAGGUGCCCAGUGAAAAACUUGUGGUGGCAGAGCCAUAUAUGGCUUUGUAAUUUAGUAAAUAGGUUUGCUGCUGGGGAGGCCUGACAAAUAGCACCUAGUUUCUCCAAUAGGGGGACAGAGUGAGCCAAAUAGGAACUAUCUGUAUAGAGGUUGAAAGGCUGGAGGGGGAAGGUGGAGAAAACAGCCAGGAUGGCCUGGAGUUCCAUUAGUUGGGCUGAGGUGGGAGUGGUUUGGAAGGAAACCACCUUAUCUUGGAAGGCAUAAGCGGCUCUGCCCGAGGAGGAAUCUGUGAGUGAAUAGCACCAGGACGUUGGGAAGGGGCUGAGAGGCUGUAGCCUUUGGAAAAAUGAAAGUGUUGUGGUUGGAAAAAUCUAAAAGCUUAUCAGAUAGGUAAUGGUUAUCAAUUUGUCCUUUAAAUGCAGCCAGGGCAAUGGGCCAGGACUCAGUUGCCUCGAAUAGCCAGUCUAUUUGAUUUUUUGUGUAGGGUUGUAUGAUGAUAUCGGGAUCUUUGCCAAAGUAGCAUUUAGCUUGUUUUGGGCCUUGGAUGAUUAGGCCUAAGACAGCCUGAUAGUAAGGAUUAAACAUUCGCUUUGCAUUGAUCGGCAGGUGAACCCACAUGAGGGGUGCCCGCUGCCAAAACACAGCGGUGGGAGAAUGUUUGGUAUUAAAGAUGAGGAAUUGUAGAGGUUGGCUAUAGUCCAUAAAGGAAAUGGUCUGAUUAGAGGUGGCCUCUUCUACAGCUGAGAUAGACUGUGUGGCCAUUGGGGUAAGCGGUCAGGGAGAGGUCGGAUUUGGAUCUCCUCGCAACAGGUCAUAAAGGGGUGGGAGGUCAUGUUUACUUAUCUUUAGGUAUGGAAUGAGCCAAUUGAUGUCUCUUAGGAGCUUUUGGAAAUCAUUUAGGGUUUUUAAGCCAUCAAGUCUUAGUUGGGGCUUUGGGGAGAAGAGGCGGGUGCCCCUCAAUUGAAAACCUAGGUAGGUGUAUGGGUCUGUCAGCUGGACCUUGUCUGGGGCAAUAGUAAGGCCUUUUGUGUGGAGGGCCUCUUGGAGAUCUGAGUAACAUAGGAAAACGUGUUGUCCCGCGACCAGAAUACCACCCACAUAAUGGAGGAUGUGGAGUUGUGGCCAAUUAUUUCUCACGUGUUGUAAGGCAGAAGCCACAAAAGACUGGCAUAGGGUGGGGCUAUUUGCCAUCCCCUGGGGGAGGGUGAGCCAUUGAAACCUUUGCAUGGGGGCUUGGAAAUUUGGGGCUGGGACACUGAACACAAACCUCUUUUGGUCUUCUGGGUGAAGGGGAAUAGAGAAAAAGCAGUCUUUAAGAUCAAUGAUGAUCUUAUAAUGGCCUAGCGGAAUAGCAGAGGGGGAAGGGAGGCCUGGCCGCAGGGCCCCCAUGAGAACCAUGGUCUUAUUGAUGGCCCUAAGGUCUUGUAAUAGGCGCCAAUUUCCUGACUUUUUCUUAAUAGCAAGAUGGGUGUGUUCCACGGGGAGUUACUUGGGAUGAUAUGUCCCAGGGCAAGCUGUUCCUGCACCAGCUGUUGGACGGGGGAGAGUUUUGAUUGAGCAAGAGGCCAUUGAUCAACCCAUACAGGAUCAUCUGAGAGCCAGGUGAUUUUGUCUGCGUGGAUUACAGCAAGAUCAAUGGCCUCUAGUGAAAAUGGCCUAAUCCUGUUUUUGUUAGAUUUGGAAUGGGGGAGAUAGGAAUUUUAAUGCCUGUGCCCUGUUUUCCUAGGCCUUGAUUUGGGAGAAAUCCGCUUUUGAGCAUUUGUGCUGUGACUACAUUAUUAGGGCUACCCAUAAUCAUUCCCAUUUGGGUUAGUAAAUCUCUGCCCCAUAGAUUAAGAGGUAGUCCUGCAAUGACAUAGGGCUGUAUGUGUCCCUGGUUACCUUCUUGGUCUUUCCAGGUAAGGAGGUUGGCACUACGCUGUGGGUUUUUUGAUUGUCCAAUUCCCUGUAGAUGUGUUAUAGUUGUCCCUAAGGGCCACGUGAGAGGCCAGUCUUCCUUUUUGAUAAUAGUCACAUCAGCGCCUGUAUCUAUGAGGCCUGAAAAACCCUUUCCAUCUAGUUGUAGGACCAUAAGGGGCUUAUCUUUAGAUAUUUAGUGAGCCCAAUAUACAUCUGAGGACCCAGGGAGGGAAGCAACCCUAUGAGAUGACAUGAAUGGAUUGGGGGUAGAGACGCACUGUAACAGGAGCAAUUGGGCGAGGCGCUGGUUAGCCUUCAUAGACACAACGCCGGAAGGUGUGGAGAUAGUGACCAUAACCUUAAUUUGCCCUGUAUAAUCUGAGUCUAUAACACCAGGCAAUACUUGCAGUCCCUGUAACGUGGAGCUGCAGUGCCCUAUAAUAAGUCCAAUGCACCCAGGGGGAGGGGAGCCAAAGGUUGUAGUGGGGAUGGCAUGGAGGCCCAUAUCAGGGGUUAAUACUGUGUUGGAGGUGGAAGAGAGAUCCAGUCCUGCGCCUUCUGGGGUUGCCCUGAUGAGGUCUGAAAUGUAUUGUUUUGGUUGGAAUGAACCUUGGUGCCCCAGAUUUUUGGUAGUAGUUGGGGCCCUGGGGCUGGCCCCGAUUUUCAUUUCCCUGCAGGUGUAGAGGGUUACCAUGAACAUCCUUUUUGGACCAGCAUUCAUUGGCCCAGUGAUCCCCUUUUACAUAUAGGGCAGAGGCCUGGGUUUUUUUUUUUUGUGGGGUUUGUUGGAUCUUGUUUUAGCUUUGAGGGCAGUCCCAGGCAAAAUGCCCUGAUUGUCACAUUUAAAGCAUUUACCAUUCUUUUUUUUAUUUGCAAGAAAGUCUUGUUUGACCGUGGUGACCAUAGCUAGAACCUGGUGGUAGGCGGGGCCUAUGUCAGCACAGAGGCUUAUGUAGCCAAAUAGAUCUUCCUUUUUUGUUUGUCUUUUUCCUUUUUCCUUUUUUAUCGGUACCGGAGAUCGAACUCAUGACUGCCUGCUUGCAAGGCAGGGGCUUAUGCUGCUGAGCGGAAUCUCUAGCCCCGAUCUUCCUUUAUUGUAUGAAGCCGAAUUGCAGCUUGGCAAGCUGAUUUUGCAUUUUCAUAGGCUAAUUGUUUAAUUAGGGCCGCAUUAGUUUUGACGGUGCCAAAAAGUUGCUUGGCUGCCUGUACGAGGCGGUUGAAAAAAUCAGAGAAUGGUUCGUCUGGCUUUUGUCUAAUUUGGGUGAGGGAGGAGGUUACAUCACCCCUGGAGGGAAGUUUUCUCCAAGCCCUCGUAGCGGUCACGUUAACUUGUGCAAAGAGGCUGGGAUCAUAUCUCGUUUGGGCCUCUUUGGUGUUAAAAUCCCCAGUUUCCCAUUAAUGUGAGAAGGGUCCAGGGGUUUUGUCUAGCAGCAUUAUCUUUAGCAAUAUUUUCAUAUUGUUCCAUAAAUUCAGACUUCCAGAGUAAAUAAUUGCCCCCAGAGAGAGUAGCUUUGGCUAAAUUCCUCCAUUCAUUUGGAAUGAUCCAACCUUGGGUCAUAGAAUCUAAAACAGCAAGAGUGAAAGCAGCUGUAGGGCCUUUUUGGGCAAUGGCUGUCUUUAAUUCUUUUAUAGCUGCCACUGUGAAUGGCAUAUGGGUCCUAAUGACUUGUGGAGCUAGCAGCGCGACGCUGUCUUGUGGCUGUGUGGCACCACCUUUGGGAGGUACGUUUGUUUCCAUCACCGGGAACGCCAUUUUGGGGAGGGGGCCCACCCUGAUGUGGUGGAAGAGAGGCCACACCAUUUAAGAAGCUGGUGCCAUCUUAGGGGUGGCGUCUAAAUUGCUCAUUCGUAAACUUUGGAGUUGCAGAAUGAGUCUUUGUUUGUGUUGUUCUAAUUGGACCUGUUGUUGCAAGUCAUAAAUCUCUGAUUGUAAGUCGAGAAGUUCAGUAGAGAGACUGGACAGUUUGGGUAUCUUAUCGUAGGGAGGAGGUUGUUUUAUGUAAACGGAGGCUACAAUAGGGUCCGAGUGAUAUGCCAAUUGUUUGCAAUCGACCACUUGUAAAGGAGCAAGGUUGUGAUAUAAAGAGUUGUGGUGGGCCUCAGGUGGUAGUGGCUCCGAUGGAGUCAGGCUGCUAUCUUGCUUAUUUUUAAACAUAUCAUUUGACUCAUUGGAGAGGCAAGAAGGUUUAGGCUCAUCUCCUGAAGGGAGCGAUGUUGACGAAGUGGAAGCGCAUAAGGCGGCUUCAUCAUGGGUGAUUGUUUUAUAAAUUUGAGAGUCUCAGCAGCACUGUGUAAGUAGCUCCGAGAUUAGGUUCCAGUAGGCAAAGGCUGUAACCGGACCUUUUCAGGACAAAAGACCCACUAGUAAUCUUUUAAUGCAUCUCCUACUCUUUCCCAUCUUUUUGCAUCAGUAGAGCCCUCUAAAGGAAACCAAGGGCAAACCUUAUGAAUAAAUUGAAAGUGCUGCAAUAAAUCUUUUUCUUUAGC